AUGGAUACAAAAAGAGCAAACAUGGUAGAAUACGGAAUUAUGAACGAGAACACAAGAAAGCUAUUGUCGAAGGAUGACAGCGCUGAUAUAACUGCAAAGACGGAAGGUGACUACGACCUGGUGAUGGCGAGGGUAUACAAAGAGCAGAAAAUGAAACUCGGGAAAAUUCUCAAUGAUCAUGGUCCUAACGCACCGUACAGCAUGAAGAAUGGAUUCGAGUACACAGUAACUCUUCCAAAAACCGACAAGAUUAUGGUUGCACAAGCGAACGAGAAGGUGAAAGAAUAUACACUGAAAAACAUGCAUUUGGAAUACGAAACCAUCGAGAACGAAGAACUGACCAAACGAGUGAACGAAGGAUAA